GUCGGUCAGUCAACAGAUCCUGUUCCCUUAAAAGCAUUAGCUGAUGUGUUGUUUUUUUCCCUCGCCUCCUCUUCCACAGAUUUGACAAGUCGACAAGUUGACCUCAAGACCCAGUUGCAAUGGCAAGCUCCACCAGGGAACACUUGCCCUUCAGCCGACGCAGAAACCCUCAGCUACGAUACACACUGAGUCCUGAGAAUCUGCAGAGCCUGACCUCCCAGAGCACUGUGGCCGAGAGCAUGAACUUCCACAGAGCGAACAGCGACACGGACCUGGUGACAUCAGACAGCCGCUCCAGCCUGACCGCCAGCAUGUACGAGUACUCGCUCGGGCAAGCCCAGAAUCUGAUCAUCUACUGGGAUAUUAAAGAAGAGGUGGACCCCACUGACUGGAUUGGAGUCUACCACAUAGAUGAGACCUCCCCAGGUAACGUCUGGGACUCCAAAAACCGGGGUGUAAAUGGAACUCAAAAAGGGCAGAUUGUGUGGCGGAUUGAGCCCGGUCCUUACUUUAUGGAGGCUGAAACUAAAAUCUGCUUUAAGUACUAUCACGGUGUAAAUGGAGCACUGCGAGCUACUACUCCAUGCAUUACUGUGAAAAACCCAGCUUCCAUGGCUGGGGCAGAUGAACUGGGGGAAGGGGCGGUAGAUGGUCAAAACAGCAGAAAACUUGUCAGUUUCGCAUUAUCAGAUAUCAGAGCUCUGGGGCUGAAGAAGGGAAUGUUUUUCAAUCCUGAUCCAUAUCUGAAAAUGUCCAUUCAGCCUGGGAAAAAGAGCACUUUCCCUACUUUUGCUCAUCACGGACAAGAGAAGAGGUCAACGAUUGUGGCCAACACAACCAAUCCCAUUUGGCAAGGAGAGAAAUACUCUUUUGUGGCCCUUCUCACAGACGUACUUGAGAUAGACGUUAAAGACAAGUUUGCCAAGAGUCGCCCUAUCAUAAAACGUUUCCUGGGUAAACUCACCAUACCAGUCCAGCGCUUGUUGGAGAGACAUGCUAUUGGUGACCAGAUAUUAACCUAUAACCUGUGCAGAAGGCUUCCUACUGACCAUGUUAGUGGUCAACUCCAGUUCAGAGUGGAAAUCACUUUAUCUGUCCAUGAAGACGCAUCCCCUGAGACAGUGGGUGCCUAUCUAGAAGCGAAUGCUAUAAAUGGGGAUUUGGGCAGUCCGUCUGAUGAUGAAGACAUGCCAGCUGAAGGAGCCUCAGUUGACCAAAUGCAGGACUUUGCGAAUGGACAUGUACAGGAGGACAGUGUCAGGAACGAACAUGGGGUCUUGAUUAUUCCCACCGUAACGGGAGAAAUCAGAGGUGCAAUGGAAAGGCAAUAUUCGGUGCAAAGUGAACCUGUGAUGAUAACGGCAUCUCCGGCAAGAUGUCUGACUAGUCGGCAGGAAUCCCUGAAUGACUAUCUUGAUGGAAUUUCUGGUCACGAAAAUACGAAGCCUAGUUUGGCUGAAGCGAGCUUGCAUCACCUCGGGGCAUCUCCCAAACUGCGAAGCAGUUUCCCCACGGACACCCGGCUCAAUGCCAUGCUUCAUAUUGACUCCGAUGAAGAGGACCAUGAUCUUCGUCAAGAAUUGGCUUAUAGUUUUCAUGGGUCGGACGAAAGCCCAGAGAAUGGCAUCCAGAUUAUCUGUGCUGCUGGCAGCUACAGCAAUGAAUACUUGGACACUAGGCAAAACAAUGAUGGGGACCCACCUGGGUUUCGAGGUUCUUCUGAUUCACAGACACGUCUGACGGCAAUCGAAGAGAUCGCAACCUCAGAGCUAUCGCAAGCACAGAUCCCCGACUCUCCCUACAAGAGUUUUCACCAGUUGCUCCAUGGUCUUCCAACAACGGGACAGGAGGCAGAUGAGCAGGAGGGGCAGGAGGAGGAGGAGGAGGAACAGAUCAAUCGAGAGACUCAAACUAAUGAUGGUGUGGACACAGCGACUGUCAGCAAUGAAGAGAGUGAAGCAGUUCAGGAGGCUCCUAGUGCUGCGGUUGAACAAGAGGCGGAUACGGGACGCGGUGAAGGAAGAGGGUCGCUUACGCAAGCAGAAUCAGUGGAUCAAACCUCCGAACCAUCCCAACUCUCCUCGGAGAACGAGCAGAGCGACACCACACGUACGGAGAGUGUCAGCGAGGCCAGCACGAAGCCAGAGGGUGAGAGCGAUGCUGAAGGGGCCGACAGCUCCUGCAAUGGGAACGGCAACGCGACCAGGGUCUCGUCGUCGGUAGAGAGCACCACUCGCUUUUCCUCCUUCGAGAGUGCCCGGUUCUCUGAGACGCCAGCAUUCUCUUCUCAGGAGGAGGAAGAUGGCACCAGCCCGGCUGACCUGGCGGCUGAUGCGGUGGCAGAAGAUCAGGGUGGGGAAGCUACGGACGUCACCCCAGCAGCGGGCGAAGAAAGCGUAGACGGUAAUGGGGAGCAGCAGCGGCAGCAGCAGGAGGAGGAGGAGGCAGCAGCCACUGAAGCAGAAACAGUGGCUUGCGGACAGGAGGUCGAAGACAUUUGGCAGCGGAGGAGGAGCCUGGAGGCCGCGGCUGCAGCAGAGGAAGAGGGGGCUACACCACAGGAGGAAGAAGAACCUGUGGCUGUCCAGGCCAUUGCAGAGGAGGCGAGUGAGGCAACUGGCCAGGCUGAAGACAACAAUCCAGAUUCUCCAUCAAGCACCCACCAGCCCUUGAGGUCUCUGCCCUCAGUGCGGCAGGAUGUUACCCGUUAUCAGCGGAUAGAUGAACCAUUACCACCCAAUUGGGAAGCUCGGAUUGAUAGCCACGGUCGAAUCUUUUACGUGGACCAUGUGAACCGAACCACCACUUGGCAGCGGCCCACAGCUCCGGCCUCCCAACAAAGUCUCCAGCGCUCCAAUUCAAUUCAACAGAUGGAGCAGCUGAACAGAAGGUAUCAGAGUAUUCGACGGACAAUGACCAAUGAGAGGCCCGAGGAUACUGGCCAAGCCAGUGGAGUAGAUGCAGGGGCCGCAGAUGAAAUUGACCUUGGUCAUUCCACUACAGAUUUCCGAAGAGAGUCUACACUGUCUCAUUCUGCCUCCCGCUCCCGGAUGAACUUACUGUUACAGUCUCCUCCUGUCAAAUUCUUCACCAGCCCAGAAUUCUUCACAGUGCUGCAUUCAAACCCUAGUGCCUACCGAAUGUUUACAAACAACACGUGCUUGAAACACAUGAUCACCAAAGUGAGGAGGGAUGCCCAUAAUUAUGAGCGCUACCAGCAUAACCGAGACCUGGUGGCAUUCUUGAACAUAUUUGCUAAUAAACAGCUGGAACUCCCUAGAGGCUGGGAAAUGAAACACGACCAUCAGGGAAAGUCCUUUUUUGUUGAUCAUAACUCCCGCAGCACCACUUUCACAGACCCGCGGCUUCCUCUUCAGACCGCCAGGCCCUCAAGUGCUUUGGCACAUCGACAGCACCUGCAAAGGCAACGGAGCCACAGUGCUGGGGAGGUGGUAGAAGACUCUCGCCAUCCAGGGCCCCCCAUUUUGCCCAGGCCAUCCAGUACGUUCAGCACCAUCGGUCGAAACCAGUACCCGGAUGUAGUGCCAGUGGCUUACAAUGAUAAAAUUGUAGCAUUUCUGCGUCAACCAAACAUCAUUGAAAUUCUGCAAGAGCGCCAGCCAGACCUCAUCAGGAAUCACUCACUCAGGGAGAAGAUUCAGUUUAUCCGAAGUGAGGGAACGAGUGGACUGGGGCGAUUAUCCAGUGAUGCAGAUCUUGUUAUGCUGUUAAGUUUGUUUGAAGAAGAGAUUAUGUCCUAUGUGCCACCACAUGCCUUACUUCAUCCCAGUUUAUGCCAGUCUCCACGUGGCUCCCCUGUAUCUUCACCUCAGAACUCCCCAGGUACCCAACGUGCCAACGCCCGAGCUCCAGCUCCUUAUAAGAGAGACUUUGAGGCCAAGCUCAGAAACUUCUACAGAAAACUCGAAACCAAAGGCUAUGGCCAAGGCCCAGGAAAGUUAAAGCUGAUCAUUAGAAGAGAUCACUUACUUGAGGACGCCUUCAACCAAAUUAUGGGUUGUUCCAGAAAAGAUCUUCAAAGACAUAAGCUUUAUGUCACAUUUGUUGGGGAGGAAGGGUUGGAUUACAGUGGCCCUUCGAGGGAGUUCUUUUUCUUAGUGUCCAGAGAACUCUUCAAUCCAUAUUACGGCUUGUUUGAAUAUUCUGCUAAUGACACUUACACAGUCCAAAUUAGUCCCAUGUCUGCAUUUGUAGACAACCACCACGAAUGGUUCAGAUUCAGUGGUCGAAUCCUUGGCCUUGCUCUUAUCCACCAGUAUCUGCUGGAUGCCUUUUUCACGAGACCAUUUUACAAGGGCUUGCUCAGAAUAUCCUGUGAUCUGAGUGACCUGGAAUAUCUGGAUGAGGAGUUUCACCAGAGUCUGCAGUGGAUGAAAGACAAUGACAUCAAUGAUAUUUUAGACCUAACAUUUACUGUGAAUGAAGAGGUCUUUGGUCAGAUUACAGAGAGGGAGUUGAAGCCAGGGGGAGCCAACAUUCCUGUCACAGAAAAAAACAAGAAAGAAUACAUCGAAAGGAUGGUAAAAUGGCGCAUUGAGAGAGGUGUUGUACAGCAGACUGAAAGCUUAGUUCGGGGGUUCUAUGAGGUGGUGGAUGCUCGGCUUGUAUCAGUGUUUGAUGCACGAGAAUUAGAAUUGGUUAUCGCUGGCACAGCAGAGAUUGAUAUAAGUGAUUGGAGAAACAACACGGAAUACAGAGGAGGUUAUCAUGACAACCACAUUGUCAUCAGGUGGUUUUGGGCUGCGGUGGAAAGGUUCAAUAAUGAGCAGAGACUGAGGUUGCUACAGUUUGUAACAGGUACAUCAAGUAUACCCUAUGAAGGUUUUGCAUCUCUGCGAGGCAGUAAUGGGCCCAGAAGGUUUUGUAUUGAAAAAUGGGGCAAAAUCACAUCACUUCCCAGAGCUCAUACCUGUUUUAAUCGACUGGAUCUUCCUCCAUAUCCAUCCUUUUCCAUGCUGUACGAGAAGAUGUUGACUGCGGUAGAAGAGACGAGUACUUUUGGACUAGAGUAAUCAGAUGCGCUAAGGUGUAAGCAUCUCAUUAUCCCACUGGACUUUUGCCACAAGACUCCAAGAAAGGGAGAGUGUGUUUGCAGCAGACUCAAUAUGGUGGGAUCCUUGCAGAAUUACUGAGCUUAUGGAGCUAUACGAUUUGACUGAAAAGAUGGUAAUGCAUGCAAAGGACAAAGCCAGAAAAUUGCUCAACGCAGACAAUUAUAUGAUAUUCUGGUGAAUGAUGUGCUUGGUAUGAGAGGGAUGAAAUUAAUUCCUUGCACACUGGUCACCUCAUAAUAUAGUAUUUGACUACUUCUGUCAAGCAUAAGAAAACUCAGUAUGUUUAGGUUACAUCUUUUGUAAAGAAGAGUAAUUCAGAAUGACUAAGGCUUGGUCAGAGGCAUGCCAAUGCUACUUUGGAAUGACUGAAAGUGUUAUGAAAAUGGAUGACAUUGAAUUUUUCAUGAGACUUGCUUCAUAAAGUAAACAGGUAAGUAUGUUUUUAAAAAGAAAUUAACUCAAUGGUAUGCCUAUAGCUUUCCAAAGCUCCAAGUAGGUCAAAAACAUGAUGAUGAAUAAAGUGGCAUUUUUUUUAAUAUACCUGGCAAUGCAUGGUAUACAAACACAGAAUGAUAAUGUCCACAAUUGGUGCACAUUGCAGCUUCAUUGUCAUCUUGGCAUACUGCCAACUGAGUAUAUAGUUCAGUUAAUUUUUAUUUAAUUUUUUAUAGGUUCUGAACAACUAGUCCUAUAUAAUCUUAAAAAAUAUACUGGAGUUGAGGGAGAUAUCUGGCAGUUCACACCUUGUGCUUGUUCCAAGCAUAUUUGUUUAGGUUAUCUGCUGCAGGCACUAGGAAAAUCAAUGCCUUUUUUUAUUUUGUACAAAAACAAACUUUUCAAAGAAAGAAAAAAAACAGAAAAAAAAUGCACUGAAUGUACCAAAGUAAAGGGUAUAAAAUGUGUUCAAAAGAAAUUGCACCAUUCACAUAAAGUAGGUACGAGUUAUAAUCAUAGGCAGAAUUAUAUAAGUAAUUUUCAUCUCUCCUCCAGUAAUGUUAUGCCUUCAAGCACUAGGACUGCACACAAAACUGAAAAGAUUAUAACUAUGUCUUGACUUAUGAAAUUAAAUGCACCUUUAACAAGGUAGAAUCGACAAACCCUGGUAGAACAGACAUAUCUGCUCUAUGCAAAUGAAACACUAUUGUUUUAACUCUUAAUAUAUUUCUCAUAUGAAAAAAAUAGGGAUGCAAACCCCUGCUGAACAGAAUGUUUUCAAAGAAUUUUUUUCACAUUGUUUAAGUGGACAUUUUGACUUUUACCAUAAGUUCUCAGUGAACAAUAAUGGGAAUUAAUUUAAUGAAAGAAAAUAUUAAUUUAGAAGCUAAAAGCAAAAUUAUAUUGUGGAUGAAAAUGUUCUGUUAUUCAGUGUUCCCUGCCCAUGCAACAUUUUGAAAGUCUGUUUUUGUGUUGCUUUCACCAGGCUAAGGGAUAUGUCAGUGUUCUCAGUACAAGUGCAGUGCUUCAGAUUAACAAUACCCAGCUAAAAAUCAAAACAUAGGAGCAGUUGUAUCUGCUUAAUCGUGUGCUUUUCUUAUUAGCACUGCAACUCAAAGUCUGUACUUUGAGCAAUAAAAUUAACUGAUGUGAAAUUUGGAUUCUUGUCCAAAAGAUUGAGUUUUGUUUAAAAUUAUCUCUUCUGUUUGCAAAUGUUGACUGGAUCCAAACUCAGCUCUUCUACACACAAGUUUCAAAUCCUUUGCAAUUGUAUUAUCCAACCAUCCCCAUAGCACAUUUUGAAACUAUGGAGCGUGAGAAAUAUAAAAGUUUCUAUUUUUGUGCAACCACUUUUUUUUGUUCAGACUUUUUUUGACGUUCCACAAUGUAUGCAAUAUAUGUAUCUAUUUUGUAGAAUGGAUUAGUACUGAAAUAUUCACAAAGGAUGUUAUGACGAUGCUGACUUCCUUUAAAUGCAAGAAAGGUCUUAGUAUGACAAAUUAUCACAUCUUUGUUCCCUUUUCUCAUCCAGUUUACUUUUAAAGUUCAAUUUGUGUUUGAAACUGACGGUUCACAUUGCAAAUAAGUAUAUAACCAUUAUGGCUAAUCUGACACAUAAUAAUGGAAAUGUUUUACAGCCCUAUUCACAAUUGUUUCAUGUCACCAAUUAAAUCAGUCCAUUGGAAUCGUGCAGAAAAAUGUACAAGAAUGCUCUUAACUAUGCUGAAAAUAUUUAAUAUUACUGUCACACAUAUGUCAACUAUGAUUUAAUGGAAAGAAAGUUUUUAAAGUACCAAAAUAUGAAUUUAUUUGUUUUAUUUUCGUAAUGAUGUAUAUAUUUUAUUUAAAAA